AAGUUAGCCGCUGCUAACAGGAAGUCGAAUAGAAAGGAGGGAUUGAGGCGCAGGAAUUGGAGAAGAGCAGUGAGUUUCUGUUUCUUCCGUGACUACGACUCCUCCCGAUACAGGAGGAACAGGCAGUCAGCCACCAGUCUGUGUGUGUGUGUGAGGAAAAGUCGAAGGCAGCCAUGUCUUCAACGGUGGAUCUCAAGACGAAGGAGGAGAAGGAUGCAGAGCUGGACAAGCGAAUUGAAGCUCUGAGGAAGAAGAAUGAAGCGCUGAUGAAGAGAUACCAGGAAAUAGAGGAAGAUAAGAAGAAAGCGGAGCAGGAGGGCAUUGCCGUGACAACACCCCGUAAGCCCCGCCCCCACGAGCCGAAGACGGAGAAGGAAAACAUCACCGUCACACUCGACCUGUCUAAAGCAGCAGGGGAGAAGAGAGUUGUGAACGACUGGAAACCGGCAACUCCUCGUGGCCGGAAGACAUCAGAGGAGAGCGAAGGCCACAGGGGGCAGAGUGACGGCCACAGCCCCCCCAGGAGGACCGGGUCUGGGCGAAUGGGUCGGGGAGGUCAGAGAGGAGGAGGAGGUGGAGGAGGAGGCGGUCGCCAAGACAGGAGAGACCGGGAACCGAGAACACCCAGAGACGGAGAGCCUGGCGAGCCAGGAGGUCCUGGACGCAGAGGAGGGAGGAGAGGAAGAGGAGGAGAAGGGACACCAGGAGGAGUGGACAGGAAAUCCAAGGAAUGGGAGGAGAAGAGACGGCAGAACAUCGAGAAGAUGAAUGAAGAAAUGGAGAGGAUAGCAGAGUAUGAGCGAGGACAGCGGCAGGAUGGAGACAAACCGUCCCGUAACUUCCUGGAUGACCCGAGGCGUUCGGGUCCAGCCCCAGACACGGACCGCAAGGAGGGCAGCCGGAGACACGUGCGAAACUGGGGAGGGCUGGACUUUGACAAUGUGAAGACGGGAGCUGAACUGGAAAAAGAGUGGACCAGCCGCAGACCUGGUCCCAAAGGCUCUGUGGAUAUGACCAUGUCCAUGACCGGCCGGGAGAGAGCGGAGUACCUGCGCUGGAAGAAGGAGCGAGAGCAGAUAGAUGAGGAGAGAUUAGCACGCCAUCGUAACGCCACAGGCCAGUGGAGACGAGAGUGGGACGCACAGAAGACGGACAGCAUGUUCAAAGAGGACCCAUAUGUGGCUGCUGAGGGCAUCCCAGCGGAGGGCGGCAGGAGAGCGCGGGGGCAUAACUCUCGUACAGAGCCUCGGGGCAGGGCCUCAGAUGACAGUAAGCGACCUCCGAAAGCACCGACAUUUGGCGACUUCCUGUCCCAGGGCAGGACCCAGGGGCCACGGGGCGACCGGAGCAGAGGCAGGGGCCGAGGACAGAAACAGAGCUACAGCAUGCAUGACAACCGCUGGGAGGGAGAGAAAGAAGAGGAGGAGAAGGAGAAGGAGGACAAGACGAAGAGAGAAGAGAAGAGUAAAAAGAAAGAGAAGGAAGAAGAGAAGGCCAAACCUCCCACAGUACAGAAGGUGGAGGAGAAGAACGGAGAAGGAGAGGAUGACGACGAGUGGGAGGAUGCCAGCGAUGAGGAAUGUGAGGAAGUGAACGCCGCGGAGCACGACUCCAAAGGCGAUGAGAAGAAGGACGUCGGAAAGGAGAAACAAGCAAAGAGCAAAGAAUCCUCCCCGAAAACUCCCAAACCUCGUUCUCGUCAGACGUCAGCAGGAAGCCCCAAAGAGCAGCGGACUCCCCGGCCGAAGGUCCACAUCCCGGCCCCGGCGGCCGCUCAGGAGUCACCCGAGGGAGGCAAGCCCCUCAGCCCCUUCUCCCCGCUGGACGGCCACCAGCCUGUGUCAGACUGGGGGGAGGAGAUGGAGAUGCUGUCGCCUAGAAGCAGCAUGGGAGGCGAGAGCCCGCUGAAACCCUCCAGCGUUGAUUCCAGCCCCCCACAGAAGAAGGAGGAGGAGGAGCAGGAGGAAGCGAUGAAGAGCCAAGCCGCCGGCUCCAAUGAACCUGCUGAGCCACAGACGGAGGAGCAUGCAGCCAUUGAUGUUUCGCCUCCUCCAGAAAAAGUUGAAUCCCAGGAGACCCAGGUGAUAGCAUCAGAACCGACCCCCACAGACUCACCUGCUGCAGUGCCAUCUGACCCCGCCCCCUGUGAGGUGAAGAUGGAACAGGAUACGCCUCCUGCUCAAUCACAAGAAGACAGAACCGACUCCCCGCCCUCCCCCACCGUCCUGGAAGCCGAAUCGAGCUCUUCUGCAGCGGCGGCAGAUGAAGAUGACGCCACGGCGCCUGCUGAGAGCGACGCUGCUCCGACAGCAGAAACGCAGCCGUCCUCGGAGCAGCCGUCCUCAGGGUGAAGCUGCAGCACGUCUGAGGAUGGAUGGAGAGCAUCACACUACUCAUCAGUGGAGUGACCAUUGCAUAUCUGCAUUUUAUUUUAUUUUUUAAAAAAGAGGAAAAGGACUUCAUCCAUGAGGAGGAGGAGGAGGAACUGUGUGUCGCCUCCAUGGACCAGCCUCGUUUUAGCACUCUGAGCUCUGUUCCAACCCCCCCUUUUUGCUUGACCUCCCCUCUCUGUAGUUCUGAGAUGUUCAAAGUAAAAUGUUCAUCAGUCUCUUGGUUUAAAAAGGCCAGAUUCUCUCUGCUGACUGAGAGAAUAAACUGAGCGUGUCUGUGUUCAUGUGUAUAAAUGUUGGCACAGGAAGUGAUUUAAUAAAGGAGAAAAAGCGUCCACGCUGCCCUCAGAGCCUCUCAGUCUGAGCCGCUGAAGUUACAGAUGAUCACAGUAACAUGAGCAGCUGAGCCAGGCAUCGUGACGCCAUCGGGGGGCAAAUUAUGUUUUUCUCACUUUAAAUGAGUGUAAAUUAACAUUUAUGCAAAUAUUUGAGUGUGGGAACUACACGGAUCAUUGUGCAACAAUAAAAAUGCCAUCUUUAACGAUGCCUUUCAGGAGGGUAAAGUUCAUUUUUGACAAUCUGGGAAAAAAUAAAUCUUUCCCUGCAAAAAAUCCUUGAAAAACAUAUUUUAACUUCACGUUUUUUAGCGCGGCUGUUUGGAAGAAGAAGUCGAGCUAUCGUAGCCUCGCGUCGGCAUCUGUUCCACAGAAACUUUAACGGGGGCCGUAACUCGAGAACCACGUGGCCUCGGAUGUUCAAAUCCACACCGUAGAUGCAUCUACUAAAAAUCUUUGACCUCAUGCUAAAGGUCAGAGGUCAGGUUUUCUGAAAAUCUUGUGAAUGUAAUAACUGCGUCAUCUCAUCUUUAAUUUGCAGCAGUUUUCGGCUGCUGACGUGCCACGUCCUGAUUACCUUGAACGUAAUAACUCGAGCACUCUCACCCAGGAUGUUCAAAUCCACGCCGUAGACCACGGGUCUCAAACUCCAGGCCUCGAGGGCCGUGUCCUGCAGCUUUUAGAUGUGUCCCUGAUCCAACACACCUGAAUGGCUGAAUGACCUCCUCAGUAUGCAGUCAAGUUCUCCAGAGUCCUGCUAAUGACUUCUAUAUUUGACUCAGGUGUGUUGAAGCACCUAAAACCUGCAGGACACCGGACCUCGAGGCCUGGAGGUGAAGAGCCCUGCCGUAGAUGCUGUCCGAGCCGGACCCGUCAAAGGUCACACACCUGCCCACUGACCUCACUGUAACAGCACGCUCACCCCCCCUGUUACAUAGCCAAAGCAGCAGCCGCUCAGCUGCAGCAUUUUAAAUGUAACCCUGCAAUAAUGAAGUACUGAUUGAAUCUAAGACAGCUGGGUGUGGGAUGGAGGCACAAACAUGGGAAUUACAGCAGGAAAAAUACAGAACUUUAUGGACAGUACAACAAUGUGAGUGUAUCCCGCUCUCUGGGAUUGAUGCUUUUUUUCCUUCCAUUAAAUUUAAGUUUACUCCUUAAUAUCAGGUACAGUCGAGGGAGGAGAAACUCCACAGAUGUCAGUUUCACCUGUUUCUGACCUGUCAGCAGCACGAGUGACGUCCAGGUUAAAGUCAGUGAAACUGAUCUUUCAGCUUGUUCCCGACGUCGUUUAUCUGUUGGUAUUUAAGGCUGGGACUGCACGACUUUGGCUUACAAACGACUCCUUCGCCGGUACCUUUCUCACCUGCUGUAACUCGGACUCUUGGGACCCACUCGAGUCUUCUCUUUAUUUCACAUCUAUUAAAAUAUCAGUUAUGCACUUGGGAAGAAAAUCACUCCAAAUUAUGUUUAAG